AUGUCCGGCGAACCUGCACACACGAACGGCGCUUCCAAUGGAGAUUCUGGCCCGGUUCAACAUGCUGACGACAACCCCCCAGCUCCAUCCUCUGAGCACAGCGGCAAUGACAGUCACUCUCAGAAACGAGGAGACAAACAAAUAAAGCCUAACAAGGUCUACAUUGGUGGCUUGCCUGAACAAACCCGACAAGAGGAUCUACAGGCUUGCUUUGGAAAAAUCGGAACGAUUGUAUCGAUUGAGCUCAAGCUUGGAUAUGGCUUUGUGGAAUUCGACUCUCGUGAAGCCGCUGAGGAGAGUGUGGCAAAAUACCAUGAAGGUUACUUCAUGGGGAACAAGAUUCGGGUUGAGUUGUCCCACGGCGGCGGUCGAACAGCCAAGUAUGUAGGUGAACCUGGUGCUUGCUUCAAGUGCGGAACACAUGGGCACUGGGCAAGGGAAUGCCCUCACAAUGUAGUGCCGGGGUACAAGGGGCGCGAUGAUCGUGCUGACCGAAAAGACUAUCAUCACCCUCCACCAUAUGCUCGGGACUACCCUCCAUACCGUGGAGACGAAUAUGCUCGAUAUGCUGCUAGUCGCGAUAGGUAUAUGGAUUACUAUGCACCACCACCACCUCGUGAUUACAGAGGACCGCCUGCAAGAGACACUCGUGAGCCAUACCCGCAACAACCUCCUCGGGGUGGUCGCGAUGACGAAUACCGAAGAAUCGCACCAGCACCUUACCGCGACGACCGCGCUUACUAUUCUCACUACGAAUCAAUGCCCCCGCCUCCUCGAGAUGUGGCCUACCGGAGUUAUGGCGGUGCUGUAGACCGCGGUCGGGCUCCAUACCCUCCUGGAUAUCCCCCUGCGCCAGCGCCAGCACGCCGUGAUGACUAUGACCGAGCCAGUAGCCGAGACUACCCGCCACCACCCGCGGAGUAUCGUUCGUCACAUCCACCUUACAGGCGCCGUUCGACAUCACCUGGACAUAGUAGGUACCCACCUGACCAACGCUAUGCCUCUGGUUACAGCGGCUAUCCUUCAAGUUAUUCUUCAGGGCCGCCGAUGCCUAGUUCCAGCCGCUCUGGUCCUCCACCUGCGCGAAGAGAGGCCUCUGGGUACUGA